AUGGCGAGCUCCUUUGGGUUUGGAGGCAGUAAUGCCGUCACCAAAGCCGGAACUACCUCUGUCAACACAGCGCAGACCCAUAUGCUCGACGAACAUGUUUUGACUCCAGCGUCGAUCAAUUCCAUAGAAUUACAUGGCGCCGUCAACACUAGGAGGAGUUUGCUGGAUCACGUCCUCAACCCCGUGGUAGAAGAGGCCGCAGCUCAGGGAACGACGCUGGGGCAGGUCUUGGAUCACAUUGGAGCCGCGACCAAGAAGCUUGCUCGUUUUGAUAUCUUCAAGGAGGACGGAUUCAGCGUCUUCCUCUCCGAAGCCCCACGCCCCGACUCGGGCGUCCCAGCGGACAGGACCGAACUCGACAUCUCGAUCCGCGUGAAGGAGAAAUCGCGCUUGGUGUUUAGCGCGGGAACGGACUUUGGGAACACGGAGGGCUCGGCCUAUACCAAUGCUGUAGCACGCAACGUUUUUGGAGGUGCCGAGACCCUGUCUGUGAACGCCAGUGCUGGGACACGCACAAGAUCGGCCUACAACGCUACGCUCUCAGCGCCCGUCAAUGGCAAUCCCGAUCUUCGGCUUUCGGCUGAAGCCUUGCGCUCCGUAACGCAGAAACCCUGGGCGUCACACGAAGAACAACUCACCGGGGGGAACCUUCGGCUGGCUUGGUUGAACGAGAAUAGUGACACCCACGCUGUCGUCUAUUCGGCCGCCUGGAGGCAACUGACCGGGCUGGCCGCGACCGCCUCGCCUACCGUUCGGGCGGAUGCCGGUGAUUCGUUCAAGAGCUCGCUAACCCACACAUUCACCCGCGACCGCCGCGAUAAUCCGAUGCUCCCCCAAAGCGGCUAUCUCCUGCGUUCCAUCUCCGAGUUGGCCGGUUGGGGUCCUCUGACCGGUGAUGUUUCUUUCGCCAAGACAGAAGUAGAAGCGACGGGCGCGCUACCCGUGUCGGUCCCUGGCGUUCAAGGAAACUCUGGUGUCUUCGUUAGCGGUGGCUUCCGCAUGGGUGUGUUGUACCCGCUGCCUUUAGGUUACUCCCUCACCGGCUUAACUCAGCCGAGCCGUAUCAACGACCGUUUCCAGCUCGGUGGUCCGACCGAUGUUCGUGGAUUCAAACUUGGUGGACUUGGCCCGCACGACGGUGUUGAUGCAGUGGGAGGAGAUGUUUAUACCGCUGGCAGCGUUAAUGCCUACCUUCCGCUCCCUCGCACGGGGCCCGACUCACCCCUACGGUUGCAGCUCUUCGCCAACGCGGGACGGUUGGUGGCGAUCAAUAGCAGCACAGGGAAGAAGUCAAAAGAGGGCAACAGGAAAACCCUAAGCAUGAGCUCAGCUGCUGUGCUCAAGGGUGUCGGGUCAGCUCUCAGUGAGCUCACCAACGGCGUACCGAGCCUGGCCGCGGGCAUUGGGCUAGUGUAUGCGCAUCCAGUGGCGAGAUUUGAGCUGAACUUUAGCUUGCCCCUGGUGCAAAGGAAAGGGGAGGAGGGCCGAAAGGGGUUCCAGGUUGGCGUGGGCAUCAACUUUCUGUAG